UAGGAAGUGCAGCGUUCUAACAGUGAAUUGAAAGUACGCCAUAAAUAUGGCGCCAAAAGAGUUUUCAAGCUGGCGAUAAGAUCUGAUCCUCUAUGUAAUUUGCCUCCGUGUUAUCCUGUUUGGUGUUCAGGGAGGAGGCUGCAGCAGGACAACAUUUAUUCCUGCGGAGCAGAGAGCAGCGGACGCACCAAAAAAAAAAAAAAAAAAGAAACGCAAAGCGAGGGCAGCAAGUGGAGGAGACGGAGAGAUGUAUUUCUGAAGGAGGGACGUUGCGAAACUGGCUUGCAUUUUUUUUUCUGACUCAUCGCACGGAAACAUCACCCUCUCUCUCUCUUUUUUAAAUUACCCCUCCUCCUGUUUGUCCCACCCCCCCUUCCCCCUGUAGCGCUGGCACGGAGGAGGAAAACAGUCGGGUUUUGACACCACGUUUGGAGCAGCUUUUUUUUUGGCAGAAUUAAAAAAUGCGACAUGCUUUCCUGUGAGCGGCUCGCCACGCCGUGAAGAGGACCGGGACCGACUUCUGAGCUCUAUAAGCCCCAUAAGGCUGAACGCUACUUAUUAUUUUUGUAUUUAUUUUUGCAGGGGAGGAUUUUAUUGUAAAAAUUUUUUGGACUCGGAGUGUAUUUUGACGCGCUGUCAACGCGCUCCUGUCUCCGCCGGGGAGGGGAGGACAGCCCUGUCACCCUGCCCGCUGUGGUAGCUCUGCUAGCAGCCUGGCAGGGCACCGAGUGGGCACACCGAACCCGUCCUACCCCCCUGCGCUGGCAAACUACAUGUGCCUGGCUCUCAAUGAUCUCCUAAUCUCCGGGAAUCCGUCCAGGACUGAGGACGUCUGUGUAUCCAAAGCUGUCUGCAGUCAAGAUGCAGAGCGAAAAGAAGAGGAGGAAAUACUCCACGAGCAGCAACGACUCUGACACCACUGACAGUCAAGUGACGUUGUGGUCCAGGUCGUCCAAAAAUACAGGCACCAGCAGUACAUGGGUCCACCAUCAGCACAAGAAGCCAUCAGAGGUUUUCCGUACGGACUUUAUCACGGCCAUGAAGCUGCCAGACUCUGCGCAGCUUGGCCUCGAUGACUUCUAUGUGCUGUCAGACCCGUGGAGACAGGAGUGGGAGAAGGGGGUGCAGGUCCCAGCCAGCCUGGAAGCCAUACCUGAGCCUGUGGUCAGGCUGCUGCCAGAGUCCAUCAGUGGUCUGUCCACCAGCAGGCAGGCGAAGGAGGGAGAAGCUUCACCUCCUCGCUCCCAGCUCUACAGCUGCUACGACCUGGACGACCUGGAUGUUGCCUGGCUGCAGCUGGUCAAUCAGGAGUUCAGACAGAUGGCCUUACCCGAGUUGGACGAGCUGACGAUGGAGUGUGUUCUGGUGGAGCUGGAGAGUGUGUGUGAAGAAAAGAUGCAGCAGGCCAUCGAGACGGAGGAAGGCCUGGGCAUUGAGUACGACGAGGACGUGGUGUGUGACGUCUGCCGCUCGCCCGAGGGAGAGGACGGCAACGAGAUGGUCUUCUGUGACAAGUGCAACGUCUGCGUUCAUCAGGCUUGUUACGGCAUCCUGAAAGUGCCACAGGGGAACUGGCUCUGUCGGACCUGCGCGCUGGGAGUUCAGCCAAAAUGUCUGCUGUGUCCCAAAAGGGGUGGGGCCCUGAAGCCCACCCGCAGUGGAACCAAGUGGGUCCACGUCAGCUGUGCCUUAUGGAUCCCUGAGGUGAGCAUAGGUUGUCCAGAAAAGAUGGAGCCCAUUACCAAGGUGUCCCACAUCCCUGCCAGCCGCUGGGCUCUGUCCUGCACCCUGUGUCGAGAACUCACAGGAACAUGCAUCCAGUGCUCUAUGCCCUCCUGUAUCGUGGCCUUCCAUGUGACCUGCGCCUUCGACCACGGCCUGGAGAUGAAGACCAUCCUGGCCGAAAAUGACGAGGUGCGUUUCAAGUCCUUCUGCCUGGAGCACAGCUCCACCGCCAGCAACGGCAUCAACAACACGGUGAGCAACGGCAGCCACACUUCCACCGCCAUCGGAGCGCACGGAGCGGCCAGAUCCGAAGGGGCCACCGAGCUAAACGGCAGCAGCGACUUGGAGCAGAGGCCCGUAUCGCACCCGGUUCCUGUGUCAGCAUCAGAGCGAGCUGAGCGGGACCAGCUGGAGAGAGAGAAGGCGAGCCAGAGAAAACAGAAGCUCCAGGAGCUGGAGGAUGAGUUUUAUCGACUGGUGGAUCCCGGUGACGUCGCUGAAAACCUGGGGCUGCCCCUCUUACAGGUGGACUUCUUAUAUCAGUUCUGGAAGUUGAAGAGGAAGACCAACUUCAAUCAGCCUCUGGUCACUUUAAAGAGGGAUGAAGUGGACAACCUGGCCCAGCAGGAGCAGGACGUCCUCUACAGACGUCUCAAACUCUUCACUCACCUCCGACAGGACCUGGAGAGGGUGAAGAAAACCCAGAAGGCAGAAAAGAGGAAGCAGAAUGGAGUAAAGGAUAAAGGAAAAGAGAGGAGGAAGCAUAGUACUGGCAAGAAAAAGGAAAGAUGGAAGUCAGAGAACGGAUCCCUGCUUAAAGAGCUAGGUUUGUCAAAGUCCUUCCCAUUGGACAACUCGUUGUUCGACAGCUGGCUCGCCCAGUCGGUGCAGAUCACCGCAGACGACAUGCUGAGCCAGUGGGCUCUGGGUGCCCAGCAUCACGACACAAGUGGCAGCCUGCUCUCUGACCAGCUAAUGCAGGGCGAGGAGAGCCUCCUCAACCUUAUGAUGGAGAACUCCAUGCAGUCGACCUGGAAAACACCCCAGCUGGGCCGCAAACCCAGAAGCAACAAGUCUUGUGGUCGAGGUCAAACCCCCGCGCCUGCUCAGCCUCUGCCUGCUGCGGCUGCAGCCACAGCCAGCAGCCCCUCCACAGCUAAGAGCCUCUGGGCGAGUGAGACAGAAGAAAAGUCCAGCCAUAGAGGCAGAAAAGGGGAACGGCCCAGAGGCUCUUCCAGGACCUCGCAUUACCAUGUUCAUCAUCACCACCAGACCAGGAGCUCUGACCUUCACAAGGACCCACCACCACAACCACCCAUCUCCAAAAUGGAUUCCUGCCACAUUUCCGAGGACUACGGUCUAUGGGACAGCAUCCAUUUGGGGAAUGGUGUUGCUUCAGGGGCUGGAUCUGGUUUCACAGCGAACUCGUCACCCCCUCCAGCCUCCAGUCCUGGAAUCACAGAGCCUGACGCUGGAGCGAUCCUACGCGGUGGGGUCCCGCGGCCCCGUCUGGUCCGCCAGGGUAAAUCAAGAGCGAGGGGAGGGAUAGGCAGGCUGGAGUCCAUGGACCUUCCUCUCGCAGGGAAGGGCUCGUCCCUGCUGGACGCUGCUGAGACUGACGGGUACUACUCUGAUGGCGAGCAGAGUGAUUCAGACAUGCGCUCUGGCAGACGUAAACUUCGGCUGUCGCAGCUGCAUUCUGGGAACGAGGACCUACUGAGGAGAAGCGUACUAGCAUCCUAA